CACCGCGUUCCCCGACCCGCGGCCGGCAGGGGGCUCUCGGCCUCCGCCAGGCGUCCUUCGGCUCCGUCGGUUCCCACAGGGCCUUGUGCGACAUGGGCUGCGCCGAGGGCAAGGCAGUGGCGGCGGCCGCCCCUACGGAGCUGCAGACCAAAGGCAAGAACGGCGAUGGCCGCCGUAGGUCAGCUAAAGAUCAUCACCCUGGUAAAACUUUGCCAGAGAACCCAGCAGGAUUCACCAGCACGGCCACUGCAGACUCCAGAGCCCUGCUUCAGGCCUAUAUAGAUGGUCACUCUGUGGUCAUCUUCAGUAGGUCCACAUGCACACGCUGUACUGAGGUAAAGAAGUUAUUUAAAUCUCUGUGUGUUCCUUAUUUUGUGCUUGAACUUGAUCAAACAGUGCUUUGUAUUGAAGGAGGAACCUUGGCCAUAAUGCCAGUUGAUGACUACUGGCUGUGUUUACCAGCCUCUCAUGCUAGACCUUUUGUGCAGACUGUCAGGGUGGUGCAGUCUUGCCCCCACUGUUGCUGGUUUCCAGGUGUUCUCCCUUCAGUCCCUGAGCCACUACGUAUGCCCGCCAUCCUGCCAACAGGUAGCCACAGUGCUGUGCUUCCUCCUUCACAUUGCUCCACCGCACCCCCUUCCACAUCCCAAGAACCUUCUUCUUCCGCUGACCCCAAGCUCUGCCUUUCACCCCCUACAUCUGAUGGUAGGCAAGAGAGAAAUGUGCAGUUUGGGCUGGCUUAUCAGGAGGGCAGACUUCAAAAGCUACUAAAAAUGAACGGCCCUGAAGAUCUUCCCGAGUCCUAUGACUAUGACCUUAUCAUCAUUGGAGGUGGCUCAGGAGGUCUGGCAGCUGCUAAGGAGGCAGCCCAAUAUGGCAAGAAGGUGAUGGUCCUGGACUUUGUCACUCCCACCCCUCUUGGAACUAGAUGGGGUCUCGGAGGAACAUGUGUGAAUGUGGGUUGCAUACCUAAAAAACUGAUGCAUCAAGCAGCUUUGUUAGGACAAGCCCUGCAAGACUCUCGAAACUAUGGAUGGAAAGUCGAGGAGACAGUUAAGCAUGAUUGGGACAGAAUGAUAGAAGCUGUACAGAAUCACAUUGGCUCUUUGAAUUGGGGCUACCGAGUAGCUCUGCGGGAGAAAAAAGUCGUCUAUGAGAAUGCUUACGGGCAAUUUAUUGGUCCUCACAGGAUUAAGGCAACAAAUAAUAAAGGCAAAGAAAAAAUUUAUUCAGCAGAGAGAUUUCUCAUUGCCACUGGUGAAAGACCACGUUACUUGGGCAUCCCUGGUGACAAAGAAUACUGCAUCAGCAGUGAUGAUCUUUUCUCCUUGCCUUACUGCCCGGGUAAGACCCUUGUUGUCGGAGCAUCCUAUGUCGCUUUGGAGUGCGCUGGAUUUCUUGCUGGUAUUGGUUUAGACGUCACUGUUAUGGUUAGGUCCAUUCUUCUUAGAGGAUUUGACCAGGACAUGGCCAACAAAAUUGGUGAACACAUGGAAGAACAUGGCAUCAAGUUUAUAAGACAGUUUGUACCAAUUAAAGUUGAACAAAUUGAAGCGGGGACACCAGGCCGACUCAGAGUAGUAGCUCAGUCCACCAAUAGUGAGGAAAUCAUUGAAGGAGAAUAUAAUACGGUGUUGCUGGCAAUAGGAAGAGAUGCUUGCACAAGAAAAAUUGGCUUAGAAACCGUAGGGGUGAAGAUAAAUGAAAAGACUGGAAAAAUACCUGUCACAGAUGAAGAACAGACCAAUGUGCCUUACAUCUAUGCCAUUGGCGAUAUAUUGGAGGAUAAGGUGGAGCUCACCCCAGUUGCAAUCCAGGCAGGAAGAUUGCUGGCUCAGAGGCUCUAUGCAGGUUCCACCGUCAAGUGUGACUAUGAAAAUGUUCCAACCACUGUAUUUACUCCUUUGGAAUAUGGUGCUUGUGGCCUUUCUGAGGAGAAAGCUGUGGAGAAGUUUGGGGAAGAAAAUAUUGAGGUUUACCAUAGUUACUUUUGGCCAUUGGAAUGGACAAUUCCGUCAAGAGAUAACAACAAAUGUUAUGCAAAAAUAAUCUGUAAUACUAAAGACAAUGAACGUGUUGUGGGCUUUCACGUACUGGGUCCAAAUGCUGGAGAAGUUACACAGGGCUUUGCAGCUGCGCUGAAAUGUGGACUGACCAAAAAGCAGCUGGACAGCACAAUUGGAAUCCACCCUGUCUGUGCAGAGGUAUUCACAACAUUGUCUGUGACCAAGCGCUCUGGGGCAAGCAUCCUCCAGGCUGGCUGCUGAGGUUAAGCCCCAGUGUGGAUGCUGUUGCCAAGACUGCAAACCACUGGCUCGUUUCCGUGCCCAAAUCCAAGGCGAAGUUUUCUAGAGGGUUCUUGGGCUCUUGGCACCUGCGUGUCCUGUGCUUACCACCGCCCAAGGCCCCCUUGGAUCUCUUGGAUAGGAGUUGGUGAAUAGAAGGCAGGCAGCAUCACACUGGGGUCACUGACAGACAUGAAGCUGACAUUUGGCAGGGCAUCGAAGGGAUGCAUCCAUGAAGUCACCAGUCUGAAGCCCAUGUGGUAGGCGGUGAUGGAACAACUGUCAAAUCAGUUUUAGCAUGACCUUUCCUUGUGGAUUUUCUUAUUCUCGUUGUCAAGUUUUCUAGUGUUGAAUUUUUUUCUUUUUUCUCCAUGGUGUUAAUGAUAUUAGAGAUGAAAAACGUUAGCAGUUGAUUUUUGUCCAAAAGCGAGUCAUGGCUAGAGUAUCCAUACAAGGUGUCUUGUUGCAUGGAAGGGAUAGUUUGGCUCCCUUGGAGGCUAUGUAGGCUUGUCCCGGGAAAGAGAACUGUCCUGCAGCUGAAAUGGACUGUUCUUUACUGACCUGCUCAGCAGUUUCUUCUCUCAUAUAUUCCCAAAACAAGUACAUCUGUGAUCAACUCUAGCCAAAUUUGCCCCUGUGUGCUACAUCACAGAUGAUUAUUAUUUUAAGGUCUGUUUAGGAAGGGAAAUGGCUACUUGAUCAGCCAUUGCCUGGCAUUUGGUAGUAUAGUAUGAUUCUCACCAUUAUUUGUCAUGGAGGCAGACAUACACCAGAAAUGGGGGAGAAACAGUACAUAUCUUUCUGUCUUUAGUUUAUUGUGUGCUGGUCUAAGCAAGCUGAGAUGAUUUGCAAUGGAAAACACGUAACUUGUUUAAAAGUUUUUCUGGUAGCUUUAGCUUUAUGCUAAAAAAAAUAAUGGCAUUGGGUAUCUCUUUCUAAGACUACAUUAGUAGGAAAAUAAGUCUUUUCAUGCUUAUGAUUUAGCUGUUUCGUGGUAAUUGCUUUUUAAAGGAAGUUAAUAUCAUAAGUUAUUAUUAAUAUUUUGAACACAGGUGGAUGUGAAGGAUUUUCAUUUAAAAACCAAGUGGUUUUGACUUUUUCUGUUGAAUGAACAACUGUGCCUUGUGGAAUUUUUGCAGAAGUGUUUAUGCUUUGUUAGCAUUUCAACUUGCAUUAUUAUAAAGAGGUAUUAAUGGCUCAGUUGUGUGUUUGUCAAUGUACUGGCUGAGGAUUCUAUCUCAGCUGUCUUUUCUAACUGUGUAAGUUGAGUUUUGAACACGUGCUUGUGGACAUCAGGCCUCCUGCCAGCAGUUCUUGAAGCUUCUUUUUCAUUCCUGCUACUCUACCUGUAUUUCUCAGUUGCAGCACUGAGUGGUCAAAAUACAUUUCUGGGCCACCUCAGGGAACCCAUGCAUCUGCCUGGCAUUUAGGCAGCAGAGCCCCUGACCGUCCCCCACAGGGCUCUACCUCGCGUCCUCAUCUCAUUUGGCUGUAUAAAGAGAUGGGAAAAGGGAAAAGGAGAGAGCAAUUGAGGCAGUUGACCAUAUUCAGUUUUAUUUAUUUAUUUUUAAUUUGUUUUUUUCUCCAAGUCCACCAGUCUCUGAAAUUAGAACAGUAGGCGGUAUGAGAUAAUCAGGCCUAAUCAUGUUGUGAUUCUCUUUUCUUAGUGGAGUGGAAUGUUCUAUCCCCACAAGAAGGAUUAUAUCUUACAGACUUGUCUUGUUCAGAUUCUGUAUUUACCCAUUUUAUUGAAACAUAUACUAAGUUCCAUGUAUUUUUGUUACAAAUCGUCUGAAAAAAAAACAAAACAAUGUGAAACAUUAAAAUUAAAAGGCAUUAAUAAUA